AUGAACCCCCGUGUAAAGAGGAUCCUCGUCUAUGCCCUUGUGGGCGGCGCCGUGUGCGUCUUGCUCGUCUCUGUCGUCGCCCUUCCCGCCCUCUCAGCGGCCGGUUUUGGCAUCCUUGGGCCGCUUGCUGGCUCGUCCGCUGCCGCAUGGCAGGCAGCGAUCGGCAGCGUCGCCGCUGGCUCCGCUUUCGCCACUUUGCAGAGUGUCGCAAUGACUGCUGCCAUCCCAGCCCUAUGGUAUAUCGUCCCGGGAGCCGUCGGUGUCGGUAUCGGCGCCCUCAUUGGCUGGCUCACGGGAGGACGGAACCGCCCUGCUGCUGGCGCCACCGCUGCUGCUCCGGGCGCAGGGUCCACCAUCUUCGCUGGGCAAGCUACCGGCUAUCCCUCUGGCUUUCGCCGAGGGGAGGGUACACACGUUGCAGAGGUGACGAUGGCGGCGAGCGGGGACAAGACGGCGAGCGGGGACGAGGUCGCGGUCAAGGCUUCGUAG